AUGGCGCACACACCGUCAGAAGAGCAGCUUCCGUCCUAUGCCUUCUUUUCCAGCGAUAAGAUUCUCGCCAUGCGUGACCAGCAAACCCGUCAGGGCACAUGGGCCAUCCGCGAAACCGAGAUCUUUUGGCGCGAUCGCAGGCAGUUCCUACUCGACCACGGAUAUCUACUCAGAGCGCGCUACCAACCGGAUUGGACGCCAUCGUGGAUUGGGACAAGGCGCGACCCCGCCUUUUGCGAGGAUGCGCCUGCCAUAUCACCCAAACGAACCAUGGACGCCCGCAGGAAAGACACAGGAGAGCUCGUGGCGAUUAAGAAAGUCAAGAACGAUAAUCAAGAAAUACGAAUACUCAAGUACAUCGAAUCGCAGCGCGACCCCACUUGUCACUGUGUGACAAUCCUCGAGACACUGCCCGAUCCUUUCGAUCGUCAUCUCACGCUCAUGUUUCUUCCUUUGCUGCGGAGGUACAAUGACCCCGAGUUCUGCGCUGUCGGGGAAGUUAUCUCAUUUAUUGACCAGAGCAUUGAGGGAUUGAUGUUCCUCCACGACCAUCGGAUUGCACAUCGAGACAUUCACGAGACGAACCUUUUGAUGGAUGCUCGCGAUCUUUUGCCUGGCGGCUGGCAUCCCGCCAAACCCUGGCGGACCCCUGAUGGCGUAUACAGGAUUCAACCGCGCUCGCGAACAGACUUUCCGGUUAACUACUUUUACAUCGACUUUGGCCAUUCAGCCAGAUUCAACGAAGGAGACUCCCAGCUUGUGGUAGGCGACAUUGGCCGAGACGACACAGUUCCAGAACUUUCCAUCGACAUUCCCUAUGAGGCGUUACCCGUUGACAUUCACGCUCUUGGAAGCUUGUACCUGAACGAUCUCCAGGAGAAAUACUACCAUCUCAGUUUCCUUGAGCCCUUGACCGAUUCCAUGCGGCAACGCGACCCCAAACUUCGUCCCACCAUCCACCAGGUCCACCAACAAUGGCAGCAGAUUCGCGCCAGAGUUGUGUCACAGUCAAGUCGACACACGUCAGUGAAGGCGGAAACGUUCGUUGAGCGGGCUAUCCAGCAAACGGUAUCGGUGGCUUGGGAAGGCAUUAGAUCCCUCACCGGUUAG